GCCAUUUUUUGAAAAGAAAGAAAAAAUGGAAGACAGGGCAGAGUUGGACUCCAUCCUGCCUUAUCUUCCAUUACUAAUUGGAUCUUCCAGGUGUCUGUUAUGGCCAUCCAAAGUGGUCGAGGCUCUCGAGGCCAUGUCCAAAGGUCCUGAUCACAGCCAAGUCAACUCUGGCCAAGUGCUCUCCAUCGCCAUUUCCGACAUGAGAGCUUCUCUCUCCCUCCGUGACCCUCUCGCUCCCUUUUCCCCCCAAGGUUACUCCCUCUUCUUCGAUGAGCUCUUGACUGCGGCAGACUCCACAAAAUGGUUUGCGGAGGUUAUCCCACCGCUGGCCAAUCUGCUGCUGCGGUUGCCAUCCCUUCUAGACUUUCACUAUCAAAAUAUGCAGGCGUAUGUAUACGGUCUCCGCAUCUUGGGUCCGCAGCAACCUGGCAUGGUGCUUCUGUCCCAGGAGUUGAUCGGCGCUCUACUUGCAUGCUCUUUGUUUUGUUUGUUUCCAGUCUCAAAUAGAGGUGUAAAGCAUCUUCCAACCAUCAACUUUGAUCAAUUGUUUGCGAGUCUCUAUGAAAGUUACAGCGAGAAGCAGGAAAACAAAGUAAGGUGCAUCGUGCACUAUUUCCAAAGGAUAUGUUCACAAAUGCCUACAGGCUUUGUCUCAUUUCAGCGCAAGCUUCUCUCUUUAGAAUAUCCUCCUUCACAAUCAAGUGCUUCUUAUCCAAAUGCUGAUUUUUGGACCAAAUCAACUCUCCCCCUCUGCCCUUUUCAGGUUUAUAGCUCAGGCUUAAUAGAAGAUCACCCUACUGGGGCUCUUGAAGUGGAUUUUGCAAAUAAAUAUCUUGGAGGUGGUGCUCUACAUAGGGGCUGCGUGCAGGAAGAAAUUCGCUUCAUGAUCAGUCCUGAGUUGAUUGCUGGCAUGCUUUUCUUGCCUUCCAUGGCAGACAAUGAGGCAAUAGAAAUUGUUGGAGCAGAGAGGUUCUCAGACUAUACGGGAUAUGCCUCUUCAUUUCGGUUUACUGGUGACUAUGUGGACAAAAGGAGUGUUGACUUCCUUGGAAGACGUAAAACUAGAAUUGUUGCUAUAGAUGCUUUAUGCAGUCCAAGAAUGAAUCAAUACAAACUUAAGUACCUUCUUCGGGAGACUAAUAAGGCUUUCUGUGGCUUUUUGGAUCAAUCAAAGUAUAGCCAGUACAAGAGACUCUUUCAAGAUAAUGGACUCAGUGCAGGUCAGCUUCAUCAAGAUAAUAAACAUGAUGGUGACAUAUCCAGGAAUGAAGUUUUGUUAAAUGAAGCUCCCUCUACAUCUAAUGAAACAAAUGAAGGAGGAUCAAGGAUGGAGGUGGUCAGAAAGUCUGAUGAGAAAGGUGGUCAAUUUAUGGACCCCAAAAAUUGUAUUGGGAUAGCAACGGGAAAUUGGGGCUGUGGCGCAUUUGGAGGAGAUCCUGAACUAAAGACCAUAAUUCAGUGGCUUGCUGCUUCUCAGGCUUUAAGACCUUUCAUUUCAUACUACACUUUUGGUCUUGAUGCACUGCAAAGUCUUGCUCAGGUGAGUCAAUGGAUUCUCUUGCAUAAAUGGAAUGUUGGAGACCUCUGGAAUAUGUUGAUAGAAUACUCGUCCCAGAAAUCGAGAGGGGAAACAAACCUCGGCUUUUUUGCUUGGCUUCUUCCUUCACUGCCUCACUGUGAGGCGGCUGAACCGGCCAACUAAUAUGUUGUAAUGUUUUGGAUAAUUGAAUCCGAGUUUGUCCACCAUUUUUCUGUAUGAGAGUAUCUGCUUGUUAAUAUUUGCGAAAAUUUAGUUCUAUAUCUCUGUUGUAGCUGCUGUGUGGUGCCUCCUUAGUUCUGAAUCUCUUUUGUAGUUAAUAUAUAUACUUGUUGGUGCUGUUA